CAACGCGUCGGAAGCAAACAGGAAAAACAUUGAAGUGGUCGCAUUUAUAUUUUAAUUAACUAAUGAAAUCAUUGUAGUAGAAUGUUGGCUUUACAAGUACGUGAUUGCAACGUAGUGUUACAUUACAUAUGAGUUCAAAACAUUUAUGUACUCAUCCGAUAAGGUUUGAAAGGGCCUUUUUGCCAAUGCACUAGCUAGCUGGCUAACGUUAAUUUUAGUUACUUUACCAGUUGUCACUAGGAUAUUGCUCUUUUGAGCUUGUCUUUGGCACUCUAGGAGCACAUAUUGAAACCACAUGAUAUCUGCUAUGUCUCCUCUAAUCUCGUGAUGUGGUGUCAAUGUCAUUAGGCUGUAUUAGUGUAGAAACGUUAAUAUACAUGUUAGAGGUUUCUUCUGUCUGAGGGUUACACAUACACAUUCAAUACAUACCUUUGUAAAUUAUCGACGUGUGCAACGAUGUCUGUGGAACUCGAUGUGUUCGUUGGGAACACAACUAUUCUGGACAAGGAGGUAUAUCAGUUAUGGCUAAACGGUUACACUGUGAAUGAUGCCGUGAGGGUGCGGAUGGAAGGGGGUGUGUUGGAGGAGUGUGAUGCCAGCGCCGAGGUACUACUGAGUGACACCAUGGACCAGUUUAGAACCUUCCAGAUGUGCGAGCGCCUUCUGCAGAACCCUGCCAAACUAGGCAAUCAGCUCCUCUUCCAGAUCCCACCUGACCGCCAAGCCAUGCUGAUUGAAAGGUACUACGCUUUUGAGGAUGCUUUUGCAAGAGAAGUGCUGGGGAAGAAGCUCUCCAAGGGAACCAAGAAGGAUCUGGAUGACAUCAGCGCCAAGACGGGCAUCACCCUGAAGAGCUGCAGAAGACAGUUUGAUAACUUCAAGCGGGUGUUCAAAGUGGUGGAGGAGCUGAAAGGCCCCCUGGUGGAGAACAUACGCCAACACUUCCUGCUGUCUGACGCUCUGGCCAGGGACUAUGCCGCUAUCGUGUUCUUCGCGAGUAACCGCUUCGAGACGGGCAAGAGGAAACUGCAGUACCUGACCUUCCAGGACUUUGCUUUCUGUGCUGGACAACUCAUUAACAACUGGACCCUAGGAUCCCUGGAUAACCUGGCGGAGGACAUGGAUGUGGACCUUGAUAAAGAGUUUCUGCAGGGCCUGAAAGACCUGAAGAUUUUAAUCACUGAUAAAGAUCUGCUGGACCAGCACAAGAGUCUGGUCUGCACCGCUCUCCGGGGCAAAACAAAAGUCUUCAAUGAGAUGGAAGCCAAUUUUAAAAAUCUCUCAAGGGGGCUCGUCAAUAUCGCUGCCAAACUGACUAACACCAAAGACGUGCGAGAUUUCUUCAUCGACCUCGUAGAAAAGUUUAUCGAGCCCUGUCGUUCUGAUCGGUGGACCCCCGUAGACAUGGCUCUGUACCUCACCCACUACGCCAACUCAGCACACAUACUCGACACCUUCAGGCACCAGGCUGUUUGGAACAGGUACAUGGGUGUCAUCAAGACGUGCAUCUUAAGACUCUACCAUGACUGAGUAGACAAAACAAGAACAAAGCAACCUUUUGACAUUUCCCGUAGCAUCUUUGAUUUCUUUCUUUCUUGGUUUCUUUCUUUCUUUCUUUCUUGGUUUCUUUCUUUCUAUCUAUCUUUCUAUCUAUCUUUCUUUGUGUCUUUCUUUCUUUCUUUCUUUCUUUCUUUCUUUCUUUCUUUCUUUCUUUCUUUCUUUCUUUCUUUCUUUCUUUCUUUCUUUCUUUCUUUCUUUCUUUCUUUCUGUCUUCUCUCUCUCUUUCUCGCCUCCUGUUUUUGUACGUGGCCAAUUUGUCUUGGGUGAUCACCUUACUGUGGCUCUGGCCUCUUGUCCGUGUCCUCAGUUUGCACCUCUCUGGUUCUCCUCCCCUGACCCCAGCUCUCUGUCUCCUCUGCGGUGUGUGUGUGUGUGUGUGUGUGUGUGUGUGUGUGUGUGUGUGUGUGUGUGUGUGUGUGUGUGUGUGUGUGUGUGUGUGUGUGUGUGUGUGUGUGUGUGUGUGUGUGUGUGUGUGUUACUUGUGUGUGCGUGUGUGUGAGUGAGUGACAAUCUGUGUGUGUGUGUGUGU